AUGCGUCUCUCGGCCUUGAUCAGCGUUGCGGCCUACGCGGCGGCCGCAGUCGCCUGCGACUCCUGCGAUGAGCCCGGAAAGCCAGCCCAGCAUAACAGACUGGUGCGUCGGAUGCAGCCUGAAGCCCAGGGAGCACUCACGCAGCCAAAGGGCCCUCUUGAAUGGGGUCAGAUCAACUUCUUGCACACCACCGAUACCCACGGUUGGCUCGAGGGACAUCUGAAGGAGCAGAACUACGGCGCCGACUGGGGAGACUAUGCGUCUUUCGUGAAGCACAUGAGGAAGAAGGCUGAUAAGCUGCGUGUUGAUUUGCUUCUAGUUGAUACCGGUGACCUGCACGAUGGAAACGGUCUCAGCGACUCUACCUCGCCCAACGGCGUUGUGUCUGACGAGAUUUUCUCGAGGAUCGACUAUGACCUGUUGAGCAUUGGAAACCACGAGCUAUACGUGACUGAUGUCGCCUAUGAGACGUUUGCCAACUUCUCCAAGGCCUAUGGCGAUAGAUACGUGACCAGCAACGUCCAGAUCAUCAACAAGGAGACCGGCGAAUACGACUAUAUCGGGUCAAAGUACCGCUACUUCACCACCAAGCAAGGUCUCAAGGUCAUGGCCUUUGGUGUUCUCUUCGAAUUUACCGGAAACUCCAACGUGUCCAAGAUCAUCACAGCCGCUGACAUGGUCGAGGAGUCUUGGUUCAUUGAAACCGUCCAGACAGACGACCCGGUAGACCUGUUCGUCAUCUUUGGCCAUACUCCUGCUCGCACCAACGACAAAUUCCCAGCUCUCCGCACGCUGAGGGAGAAGAUCCAGGAGCUCCGUCCAGGCGUGCCCAUCCAGGCGUUUGGUGGCCACAACCACGUCAGAGAUUUCGUCGUUUACGAUGAGACAUCCACCGCUCUCGGAUCUGGACGAUACUGCGAGACCCUCGGAUGGCUGUCUAUGACCGGAAUCAAGUCCCGCUCCUUUAGAGGUAGCAGCAAGCCAAGGGGUGUUCCUAACCCAACCCGACGAGCAAUCAAGGGCGAUAAUACGUCCGAUGAUUCAUACAACUCCGCGGGUCGCAAUAGAAAACUGGACCUCCGCUAUGCUCGCCGUUAUCUUGACUGGAACCGCUUGACGUUUGCCUACCAUGCCACCAACUCGCAAGACAACCGUCUGGACACCAAGGAGGGUAAAGACAUCACACAAGAUAUCACCGGUGCCCGUAAAGAUCUCAACACGUCUACCGUUCUGGGAUGUGUCCCCGAAACCUACUGCCAGUACUGCGUUCCAUUCGAGGACAAGAACAACAUUUACCAGCUCGUCAUCGACAUGAUGGCCAAGGUCGUGGUCAAGGAAGACCGCAAGGAUAAGCCGAGACUGCUCCUCCUGAACACUGGUGGUGUGCGAUUCGACCUUGUCAAGGGGCCCUUCACCAAGGACGACGAAUACAUCGUCUACCCUUUCAAGAAUCAGUUCCAAUUCCUCCCCGACGUGCCUUACUCCGUCGCCAAGGACCUCUUGGAUGCCAUGAACAAGGGGCCCUACCAAAAGCGUGCAGAGGAGUACAUGUCAAUGCCUCCCCAGCAGAUACCUGAUGCUGAUAACGUCUGCGCCGACCCUUCACCAGAAUUCAUGGAGAUCAGACGCCGUGAAGCUCCACAGGGAUACAAGGCCUUUACCCGCCGCACCCUCGACUCCUCCAUGCUGUACCCUGGCUACAUCACCUCUGACGACUUCGGCACUGACGGUGAUGACACCCCACACUCGAGUAUCCCUUACCACAAGGUCCCAAUUGACAUCCAGGCCAACGCAUCCUUCCCCAUGGACGGCUCCACGCCUGACGUCGUCGACGUAUCCUUCGUCGACUUCAUCGGCGCCAAAUACGUUAUUCCUACCCUCAACAAGCUCGGCGGGAAAUACUCUGCCAGCGACAUCCAGAGCUACAAGGACUUUGGAGAAUCAAGCUUCCUACGCGAGUAUGCUCUCAAGUACUGGCAGGAGGGUUUGCCAAACUGUCCUACCUCAUAG